GGGGGGGGGGGGGGGGGCAGAGACCCUGCAGCUGCGACGUCAAACUCGAAGCACGUCGGGGGAGGAGGUGGGGGGAGUAAUGUACCAGGCGAUCCCCUACAGCAGCGCCCGGCCGUGGCUCAUGCCGGCGGCCGAGGCGGGCGUCGUCUCCGUGAAGCCGGAGCCGGCGGCGGCCACCGGCGCGGAGGAGCCCGCCCGGCCCGACGCCGCGGCGGGGGACGACGACGGCGGGCGGGCGGAGGUCGAGAGGGCCGUGGCCGAGAGCCCGGUGCUGGUGGUGGGGCGCCGCGGGUGCUGCCUGAGCCACGUCGUGAAGCGGCUGCUGCAGGGGCUCGGGGUGAACCCGGCCGUGCACGAGGUCGCUGACGAGGCCGCGCUCGCCGGGGUCGUCCCGCCCGGCGGCGCCGAGGCCGCCGCGCUGCCCGCGGUGUUCGUCGGCGGGAAGCUCCUGGGCGGGCUCGACCGGCUCAUGGCCGUCCACAUCUCCGGCGAGCUCGUGCCCAUCCUCAAGAAGGCCGGCGCCCUCUGGCUCUAAUUCAACCAGGCGUGUUUCUUUCUGUUUCUGCCUUCCAGUCUCACAGAAAAGGGCCGUUGGAUCGAGAGUAUUACAUCACACCGCGGCGGAUGAUGAUCAUGUGCUGUGCUAGGACUUUGUUCAAUUUUUCUCUUGAUUUAGGGGAAGCAAGAAAGAAAAUGAUAAUUCCUAAUUCACAUAAUUUUAUCCCGUAAUAGGCUUUGUUUGGUAGCGUGUGUGAUGCGUGCUCGCUUCUUCCAUCAUGCAUGUGAAUACGGAAGACGAGAGAGAGGGACGUUUGCCGCAUCUGUACAGUCGUUUCCGUUUCAGAUUUUAAUGAGGAUGAGCUGUCCAGUUUCCCAUUU